AUGUAUCUCCUUGAUCAUUUUGACUCCCUGAAAGCCGAAAAUGGCAUGUCGUUCCUAGACCUCCCGACCGAGCUCCGCCUACUGGUCUAUGAGUAUGCAUUUAAGCACGAGAAAGAAAGCGACGACAAAGAGAUUGGUUCGACUAUCAGAUGCCUUCGCGAAAAAAGCUCCCCGUUCACGACGCUGCUUCUUACCUGCCGCCAGGUGCACGCCGAGGCCGCACGUAUCCUGUACGGAAAGAACUGUCUGAACCUGGGCACGUGCAACAUCUACACCAACGAGGACCCAUCGUUUCCCCAGUACGAAGACAAUGUCUUCAACCCGUUCGAGCGUUACGUGGACUUCGAGCAGGCGGCGCGACCGUCUCUCUACGCCCCGCUGGUAAAGACCGUGUGGAUUCACCUGUCCUCUCACUACCUCAACCGCUGCCACAUUCUGUGGGAGGCAAUACUGCGCCGGGUCCAAUGGCUCACCAGGAACUUCAAGAACCUCAAGGAACUAAGGAUCGACCUGAGCUUCGUCUAUGAGCCUGAUUGGAUUGCGCUGCUCGAAAGGGAGCCCGACGAGACGAAGGAAAUGCAUAUCCGGCGUAUCCGCAAAUGGAUGAGCGAGAUGUACAAGCUCAAGCAGCUGAAGCUUCCCAAGUGCCUGAAGAUCAAGCUUGACCCGGGCUUAACCAUUUGCCUCUACGACCCCUUUACUAUCGAGGUGCCUCAACGCGGUUUUCCCAGCUUCGACGAUUUCUACGAAGCGGUCGAGUGCUUCAAGGAGAAGCAGCGUUGAUUUGUAUUGGAUUUCAGAGCGCCAUUCCGCUUGGCAUGUGACAUUAAGCAGAAAUUGGUCUUGGUCGAGAUACAAGCGUAUUGGAUCGCCGCUGAUACCUAAUGCACACUUGAGGUAACGGCACAGCUUGAUAGAAUGUGGAGCGUGCAUACAGAAGAUUGGUUUCUAUCACUUGGGAUAGUUGGUGUCUUUGUGAACAAACGAUCAAGAAGGAUAACAGAACGAUGGCAGUGAGGUUAUGGUAG